GAGAACAUCAUAACACGAUGGCUUUCUUCUCACUCUGCCUCAUGUUCUCUCUUUGCUCUGCAGCCACACUGACUGUCACUCCCGACCAAUCCCAGUUCUUCCAGCACGACCGAAUCACUCUUACCUGUGUGACAAACUCCAGUGGCUGGAAAGUGAUGAGGACGAUAAAGAACAAGGUUACUGAGGAAUGCAAGCGUGGCUGGGGAAUCCCCACAGAAUCCGCCUGCAACAUUAAAGAUGCUUACCCAAUUGACACCGGCGAAUACUGGUGUGAAUCUAACCGAGGAGAACGCAGCAACAAAGUCAAUCUCACUAUAUCCGAUAACAGUGUGAUCCUCGAGAGCCCUUUACAUCCUGUUGUUGAGGGAGAAAAUGUGACACUUGGUUGUUCCUACAAGAAAGACAAAGAUGAUGACACAUCCACCUCAGACUUUGAAGCUGAGUUCUACAGAAAUGAUUUAUUCAUUGGGAAAAAGAAACCAGGGAAAAUGAUAAUUGAAGCAAAGGAAGGUUUCUACAAGUGUCUCUAUCCUACUAAAGGAGAGUCACUGAAGAGCUGGCUGGCAGUGAGAGCAAGAGUUCCCCCCACAGAAAUGUAUUCUUCUUCUCCUCCUUCUCCUCCUCCUUCUCCUCCUCCUUCUCCUCCUUCUGAACCUGGUGUUCCUUGGAUCAGAGUGAUUUCUGGCAGUGUGCUCUUCAUCCUCUAUAACAUCAUACUAAUCUUAUGUGUAUACACAUAUCGUAAGUGGGCUCGAGCCAAGACUGAUAUGAAAAGGAGAAUUGCUGAUCAUGUUUUGGUGAACUGAAGACAAUGAAGACAAAACAAUUUAUCAUCUGUAUGUUGAAUUUUAGAUAUAUAAGUAUAGAAUGUUUUGUUCUGUCUCUAUGUUGUGCAGAUGAUCAUGUUGCAGCUUAAUGUAGCUUCCAGAGCUGCAACAUGAAUAUUUCAAACAAACAUGUUCAAACUGAUUUGAUGAAGAACAAAAUAUCUAUAAUCAUUAUUGCAUCUGUUAAAAUCAUGUGUGUAGCAAUAAUUUAUUUUCCUUUUGAUACUUAUAGUACAUGCACAACUGAAUAAGCUUAUGCUUGAUUUUGUAUUUUUAAGAGCAAUAAUAAUAAUUUACUCUUUAUAGUUUGCUUCUUAUGAAGGAACUGAUGUAACAAACUGAUAGGAGCUUUAAAAUGUAAAGUGUAGUAAAGUGUAGCCCCUCUCCUUGUCACUUUCUUCACUGACACAUUUUUCUAUUGUACAUAAAAUAACGGCUUUGAUAGAGUCUGCAGUCAGUUAACAGAUGUGCUGCUUAUAAUUUGCUAAAUGCAGUUAGAAAACAGUGUUAGUGAAACUUGGACUAAAGAUUCAAGCAGCUACUUAAUUUGCUUGUGCCUUAGGCCGGCUCAGCAUCCUUUUGCACUUAUAUUUUUACAGCAUUAAAAGAUUGUUUUGUAAUUUGUUUUAAAUGUUUUUAUUUAUACAACUAAA